CCCGAGUGCGGCCGAACGGUAGCGAAGGUGACCGAAGACGCAAUGAGAAGUUGGAGCGACUGAUCGGCGAUGGCGAGUAACGAGCGAGGCGAAAAUUGCCGAAGUGUUCCGGCGCGAAAGCCGUUACCUGUCUGUUCUGUCUGUCGGUGUCGGUCAGUCGCGAAACGACAGUUCGCGCAGUUAGUCGUGGUUUUUAGUGAAUUUGUUGAUUUAUCGCGCAGGAACGCAAUAACUACACCGCAUUUCUCGUUUUUGCGAUAAUCCGCGUGAUCCGCAAUAUCACAAUCGCGGACCAUCGUACGGCGCCGCGUGUUAUCGUGUCGUGUAAUCGUUGCGUAAUCAACAGAGAGAUAAAACGGUGAGGACUAUUUAGCACGGUUGUUCCCGUGAGAUUUUUCUGUAUCGCCGGAAAUGCGCGUGGCCAUUUAAAAACUAUUCGUUGCAAUCGCGUUUAUUACCGGAGCAACGAGUGAUGUGAACUGUGGAAUUUAUGAUGGUGAUCAAGUCCAAUAUUUUGGAGUCAUCUACUUGAUAUGACAGCAAUACGAUUUUGAUUUUAAGGAACAGAGAGGAGAGGCCAUCCAGAAUGGUUCUUACUGUGACCGAGGAUACCCCGGCAGAUAUGCUGACCGGAAGUAUGGAACUUUUAGUCCAGCUACCUCGCAAUCAUCAUCUUCAUACGCAGAAAGUUACAGUAUUGAGAAGCACGCCAAUGAUGGAUCUUCUGGUGCAGAUCGCGACAGCUCACAAAUUGACGGCUUCAAACUACAACUUGCAAGCGAUCGGCGAACGUGAUUUGAUUCUACCUCAUCAUCCAAACACUCCUAUAGGAGCAUUGGACGCUCUUCAAGUUAAAUUACUUCCCAAGCAGGGCACGUGCGUGGCGCUUAAAUCUAAGCAGGUUAAUCAACCUUUUGAAACGACAUUUAGAUUGCAGGUACAUUUGCCGAGAAAUCAGCUGUACGUAUCGAGGGUCAGUCCGAAGACAAACCUUGGAGAAAUCCUGGACAAAGUGUGCCGCGAGAAAAAUCUAGAUAGGAGCAAGUACGAGCUUCGUCAUCCAGUUAAUCUGGAGGAAACGUUGCAACUAUCGCUGUCGCUACAAGACUAUCACCUGCAAGAGGUGACUCUGUACGCGAAGCAAACUAGGAGUUUGGGUCCGACGCCAAGUACGCAAGACAUAAUGGCAUUGCAGAGGCGGGAGGAGCGGCGACGACAGCAAACCAAGCAGAGCGUGUUUGGUUUCAUGUUUAAGAAAUCCAAGGAAAAUUCUCCGAGCAUGGAUAGUCUCGGGGUACGCAGUGUGUCGCCAGCCAGGAGUGACGAAACUGCGAGAAGCGUUAGUCCUCUUCAGCCGGCGCCGGCUCGGCCGCAAAGGAAGAGGAGACUAGCCCCGAAACCACCUGCCAACGCUGCACAAACCGUUCAAAAUAUAUCCGGAGACAGCGGCAAGGACAAAAUGACAAUCAUCAAUCACAGCCGUAACAGCAGCGACAGUUCUGGCUACCAUGAGGCGUCCGUGCUUAGUGAUAAUCCGGAUUCGGCUGCAAGACUACCGGAAACUCUGCCAAGGACAAGUAAGGCACCAAGUCUGUUUGAUGCGUCCAGGAAAUUGGCGCAGACUUUACAGUCUAGCAAGAGUCUGGGCAAUCUGACAGCGACAGAUGAAACGCUCAGUCGAGGGAUUAGCAGCACUUUUCUUAGCUCCACUGUUUCCAGAGUUUACCACGUGGAGGUUGCAGUACGGUUUUAAACUCCUUAUCGGGGUGCUUUUUUAACACGAGUCCCCU